AAAAGAAUCAUUGGCAGGUUUCCCGACUUGACUUCUGGGUUGACGACCGCAGCUGUAAAAGACAUUCAAUUUCUUUUGAGAGCAACAAUGGCUGGUGACUACGGUAAAGUGAAGGAGGAUAUCAAGGCUAUCCUCAAGAAGCCUGACUAUGACGAUGGAUCACUCGGUCCCGUCUUUGUGCGCUUGGCAUGGCACGCAAGUGGAACCUAUGACAAGCACUCAAGGACCGGCGGCUCCAACGGUGCGACCAUGCGAUUUAACCCCGAAUCCAACGACGGUGCGAACGCCGGUCUCGAACACGCUCGCGCAUUCCUUGAGCCCAUUAAGCAGAAGCACCCCUGGAUUACCUACGCUGACCUUUGGACCUUGGCCGGAUGCACUGCUAUUGAGGCUAUGGGUGGACCCCAAAUCCCAUGGAAGGCUGGGCGUACUGAUAAGGAUCCCAAAAAUCUGACCGCCAAGGAUGUCCCGCCAAACGGUCGCCUUCCCGACGCUGCUCAAGGACAAGAUCACGUCCGGGAUGUUUUCUACCGUAUGGGUUUCAACGACCGUGAGAUUGUUGCCCUGAUCGGUGCUCACUCGCUUGGUCGCUGCCACAGUGACCGCAGCGGUUACAGUGGACCCUGGACAUACACCCCCACUCGCUUCUCCAACCAAUACUUCAAGCUCCUGACCACAGUUGACUGGCGCAAGAAGCAAUGGGACGGUCCCCUCCAGUAUGUCGAUGAGGAUGACGAAUUGAUGAUGCUUCCUGCCGAUAUGGCAGUCCUUUGGGACCCUGAGUUUGCCAAGAUCGCCAAAGAGUAUGCCAAGGAUCAGGAUGUCUUUUUCAAGGAUUUCGCUGCUGCUUUCGGAAAGCUUGUUGAGUUGGGCGUUCCACGUGCAAACGAUCCCGGCAAUGCACCCAAAAGGUCAAAGUUGUAAGAUGGUUGCUCCAAUCGAUAUAGAUCGCAUUAUCCUUUUUAUUUAGUUAGCUUAUAGCAUUGUGACACUUGAUUUCGAAUAUUCAUAAGAGCCUCUGGUGUGUGUUCAUAGCGCUGGAACAACUUCACAUUUGAUGAAACAGUAACAAUGCAAAUAAAAAAAGAUGUCUACUACAGA